CUUUGCUCCCAUUGGUGAAUUGGCUCUCUCGGCUCCCGUUGGUCUCCCGGCUUCCUUCUUUUGCCCGUCGUAACCAUGGCGGCGAUGAGUUUGUUGCAGAGGGCUUCGGUCACCGCGGUCGCGGCUCUGUCUGGUCGCUGUCUUGGCCCUCGACUCGCGUGUGGAGGCUUCCUCACUCGUGGCUUGCCGAAGGCUGUCGCUCCUGUUCGGCACAGUGGAGACCAUGGGAAAAGAUUGUUUGUCAUCAAACCUUCUAGUUUCUAUGACAGACGUUUUUUGAAGUUAUUGAAAUUCUACGUUUUAUUGACUGGGAUUCCAGUAGCAAUUGGCAUAACUCUGGUGAAUGUAUUCAUUGGUGAAGCUGAAUUAGCAGAAAUUCCAGAAGGCUAUAUCCCAGAACAUUGGGAAUAUUACAAGCAUCCUAUAUCAAGGUGGAUUGCCCGUACAUUCUUUGAUUGUCCUGAGAAGAAUUAUGAACGAACAAUGGCCAUCCUUCAAAUUGAAGCUGAAAAGGCUGAUUUACGGUUAAAGGAGAUGGAAGUUCGAAGAUUGAUGCGUGAGAGAGGCGAUGGACCCUGGUAUCAGUACGUGACCAUCGAUAAGGCACUUAUUGAUCAUUCACCAAAAGCAACUCCUGACAACUGAUCACUUAUUUCUCCAAAAUAUGUUCUCUUUAGUGGAAAAUAAAUUAAUAAAUAUUUUCCGUAUUUUUGUUUUGUGAUGAAAAAGAAGAGCGUCUUCCAUUACUCUUUCUCAAUGUUGGUUCAGAUUGAAGCUUUUGAUUUUGGGCUUUCAGCCUCCUCUUGGUUUAAAAUGUAAUAAAGCUGAAGAAAUAGGAA